UAUUUCACAUCCCGCUUAGGAAAGUUAAAACGACAUGGAAAUCUCCAAGAAUUCAGUAGCAAUUGCUUUUCUUAUUUCCUUAGCUAUAAUAAUCCCUCCAUCCCUUGCCCAAGACUCCCCACAAGACUACCUCAAUGCCCACACAAAUGCUCGUGCACAGGUAGGUGUUGGGAAUAUUGUCUGGGACAAUAACGUGGCAGCUUAUGCAAGUAACUAUAUUAAACGGCUCGCGGGCGAUUGCAGACUUGUGCAUUCUGGUGGGCCUUAUGGCGAGAACCUUGCAGGGAGUAGUGGUGAUCUUACAGGCAGCGCUGCGGUGAAAUUGUGGGUUGAUGAGAAACCAAAGUAUGAUUACAACUCCGAUUCGUGUGUUGGUGGAGAAUGCAGGCAUUAUACUCAGGUGGUUUGGCGCAACUCGUUUCGUUUAGGUUGUGCUAAAGCAAGGUGCAACAGUGGGGGUACAGUCAUCAGUUGCAACUACGCUCCCUCCGGCAACUUCGUUAACGAGCGCCCUUACUAGAGCUGUGACUCUAGGGUUUGGUAUGCAGGAAUUCGUGCGUGAUAAAUAAGCCAUUUCAUUUGGCCAAUGAUCAAUUUAUUUGACAUUGUUUUUUAAGUUGGUAGAGCCAUAUUGAUUCUGAAUAUAUUAAAGAGGGGAUAUAAAGCUUAUAUCCGUCUCUUCUAUCAGUUUUGCACUAGUUUGAACUUGUAAUUUUAUUUAUAUGAAGUCAAAUUUCUUUUCUUUUUU